GGAAUGGGGAGCUGUCAUUUUUGCUUCUCGCAGAACAGCAAAAGUCCUAAUUGCAUCUUUUCAUAAUAAUUGUGUUUGAACAACUUACUACUAACCUUCGCGUUUGUUGGUAUUGCAUGAUGACUGACGUUCUUAACAAUGUUCACAACUCCGAUAAAGUUUCCGCCCUCAUCAAGGAAGCCGAAUGUCUUAAGACAAAACUGGAAGAGGAACGGCAGAAGUUAAACGAUGUGGCUCUGUCAUCUGUGGCCGAACGUUUGGAAAUGAUAAGUUAUUUAAACAUUAAACCACGCCGUGUUCUCAAAGGUCACCAGGCAAAGGUGCUGUGUUCAGAUUGGUCUCCGGACAAAAGGCAUAUCGUUUCUUCAUCACAAGAUGGCAAGUUAAUUAUUUGGGAUGCUUUUACUACCAACAAAGAGCACGCAGUUACGAUGCCUACCACAUGGGUCAUGGGAUGUUCAUACGCACCUUCUGGUAAUCUUGUUGCGUGCGGUGGACUAGACAAUAAGGUGACGGUUUACCCAAUUGCACUCGAAGAAGACAUUUCAUCCAGGAAGAAAACAGUGGGAACUCACACGAGCUACAUGUCCUGCUGCAUUUUUCCCAAUUCGGAUCAACAAAUUUUAACUGGUAGUGGAGAUUCUACAUGUGCUUUGUGGGACGUAGAAUCUGGACAGCUGUUGCAAAGCUUUCACGGCCACACAGGGGACGUAAUGUCAAUCGAUUUGGCUCCUAAUGAAACGGGAAAUACCUUUGUAUCGGGCAGUUGUGAUAAGAUGGCAUUUAUAUGGGAUAUGCGAUCAGGCCAUGUUGUGCAAUCAUUUGAAGGGCACCAGUCUGACGUGAACAGCGUAAAAUUUCAUCCCAGUGGCGAUGCCAUUAGCACUGGAUCUGACGAUAGUACAUGUCGUCUGUUCGAUAUGCGAGCCGACAAAGAAGUCGCCGUUUUCAGCAAAGAUAGCAUCAUUUUUGGAGUAAAUUGCGUCGAUUUUUCUGUGAGCGGUCGUCUUUUAUUUGCCGGAUAUAAUGAUUACACCGUAAACGUUUGGGAUACUCUUAAAGCGCAGCGUGUAUGUCUGCUGUAUGGACACGAGAACAAAGUUUCUUGUCUUCAGGUAUCUCCGGACGGUACUGCAUUGUCCACAGGCAGUUGGGACUACACACUGAGAAUUUGGGCUUAAGCUGGAUCUCAUAAACAACAAAAUUACAGUAUUACUAUUUAAAAGCGCUCUGAUUGUGAAAAAUUAUGCCACAUCUAUGCUUAACAUAAACCAAAUCCUAAUAUGAUACAAAAAUUAUUCGAUGUUAGCCAAACAGAAGAAAUUAAUGAAAUGGAAAACCAAAUAUUAGCUAUAUAUUGGAUAUUAGCUAUAUUCCAAAUAUUGGAUAUAAGGGUAAUUUCGACGUUUUCGUGUUGUGUCUUUUAGUUUCAUAUUUAAUUCGUUGCUUUUCAAGAUAAAGUUACCAGUGUAUUGUUCAAGUUAUCAAAAAAUAGAUCAUGGUUCGUAAGAUCGUAAUAAAUCAUAAUAUGAUUGACAUUUUCAAA